AUGCCACUCAUCAUCGUCACAGGCCUCCCGUCCUCGGGCAAGUCCACGCGCGCAAAGCAGCUCUACGACUACCUGGCCCAGCGCAUCGCCCCGGCCGACUCUUCCACUCCCGCAAAAUACCGCCUGCAUCUGAUAUCCGACGACUCCCUCUCCAUCUCUCGCACCGUGUACGACCUCUCCCCUUCCAAAGUCCCCGCCCACACCCGCUCCGCCAAUGCCUCUGAAAAGGACGCCCGCGCCGCCCUCUACGGCGCCGUCAAGCGCGUCCUUUCCGACCGGGACUUUGUCAUCCUCGAUGGCUUGAACUACAUAAAGGGCUGGCGGUACCAGCUGCAUUGCGAGGCCAAGGCCAUGCGCACCCCCAACUGCGUCCUGCAAAUCGGAUGCACCCCUGACAGGGCCCGUGGGGUCAACCAGGAGCGCCUGCGGAAGCUGCAACAACCUGGCGCCGAGAGGCAAGAUGACGACGUGAUACAAGAGGGUGACACUACAGAGGCCUACGAGCCGGGAAACUGGGACAAUCUUGUCUUCCGCUACGAGGAACCCAACCCCAUGACGCGAUGGGACAGCCCCCUAUUCACAAUCAUAUGGGAAGACGACGAGGCCCAGACGCGCAAGACGUUUGACUCGCUAUGGGACACCAUGGCUGGCGAUGCGAAGCCCGUGGUGCGACCAAACCAGUCCACCGAGCGCCGCGGUCGGGAUGCGGGCGGCGACUACCUCUACAUCCUCGAGCGAGAGACGCAGGACAUCGUCAAGAGGAUACUCGACCAGCAAGCCGCCGACGGCAGCAGUGGAGAGGUCGCCGUACCGCUGAGCGCGCCGGGGAAACCGGACCUGAUCAUCGAGCUGCCGCCGGGCAAGAAGUUGGGCGUGCCGCAGCUCCAACGCCUGCGGAGAGCCUUUGUAGCUCUGAACCGCGGUGGAAUUGGUCUCGACUCGGUGGCCAACAUGGCGGCGGACGGCCUGAGGGAGACGUUUGUGAAGUAUCUCAACGAUGCGUUUGAAAAUGACGAAUAA